GCGACGCCUAGCGGCCAUGGCCGCGGCGGGCCGCAGGGUCAAGCUCGACCUCUUCCUCGAUCCCUCCCCCGGGGAGGCAUCACAAAAUGAUGGAAUAGGAGGUGAAAACCGUGACCAACAGACUGUGGUUCCCACUUCUCCAUCUUCAGGUGGGUUUCAUCAAUUUCCUUCCAAGGGAUAUGUAAAGAAGACAUGCCUAUGGAUUAUGGAACAUAAAUAUGGUGGAAAUUUGGAUUUGUGUACAAGAAUGUAUACCUCUGCAUACCUGGUUCUGAGAUACAUGUAGGGUUGCCGGCAUGCAAGGAACUUUGAGUAAAUUCUUCAGACUGAGCUGCCACUGUCAAAAUUGAGUGAAUGCCUAUGGGUUAUUUCUCAUUUGGCAGCAUCUAAGCGUGGGGAUUUCAGGAUGUGAUUGGUCCUUCCUCGGUUCGUAUGUCUCUUUCUUUGUAUGUAGCUCCUAACCUGGUCUUCUUAUUUAUGACCAGAUUUCUGUAACUUCACAUUAAUAAUUUGAACAGUACCAUAUUUUACAACACUGUUGAUUUCAUUAUGCGUGCUUCAGAAAAGACCUUCACUGUAUUUUGCCACACCAUAAAAACCUUUUUAUUUCUGAAAUUUUCAUGUAAUUUUAUUUUCAGAUAAAAAGGAGAAUCCUCUAGCAUUGCUCGGGCAAUAUAGUGAUGAUGAAGAGGAAGAUGAGGAUGCAGCAGAUCAACCCACUGGUGAAGCUAAGGGGAGUCCAGGAGAUGCUAGUGCUCAGCUGGUGAUAAUGGUGUGGCAACAGCAGAACCAUCAGCUUCUGUCGGUGAUCAACAAGAAGCACCUCAAGCUGGUGAUAUUAAGAACAAUACCCAAAGUGUUACUGAAAAAAACACUAUUGCUCCUGAGUCAACUAUACAAGAGUGUGUGAAAGCAACUGAAUCUGUUCCUGAUUCAUCUGGCAUGCAAAUUGUUGGUGACGUCGGUGGAAAUUGGAAAGCAGUAAUGCAUGAACAGAGUAAUCAGUGUUAUUACUGGAACACAGUUACUGGAGAAACUUCUUGGGACAUACCAAAUGGAUUAGCUUCAGGAGUUGCAACUGCAUCUGUUUCUUCUGAUGUGGACUAUUCACUGGAAGCUCAAACCCAUAUCCUUCCUCACAGCACACUGGAAGCAUAUCCAAGUGACAUGUCUGUUGGGAAUGGCACAGCAACUUAUGCUAAUUUUGGAAUGGCAUGUGGAAGUGCACAGGUUACUCAAGAUGCUUAUGCUUAUGCUGCUCCUAUCGCCAGUCACGAGCCUAUGGACAUUGAUCCCUUGUAUCUUGCAAAAUAUGGUGGUGAUAUGCUGCAAAGAUUGAACCUGCUGGAAAGGCUCUGUGGCUCGAACGAAGGUCUUGAAUUGAUUAGAAGAGAAAUUGGGGUGCGGAUAUCGGACUGCAAUGCACUAUCAUCAUAUGGAUCUUCUUUGCUCCCGUUGUGGUUACAUGCUGACGUGCACCUUAAGCAGCUAGACUCUUCCAUUUCCAAGCUGGAAAUGAGCUACCACGCAGAUACAGAACUUAGGAAUUCGAAGAUAGAGGUUGCUGAACACAAGGCACCUGAUGAAGCUGACAUGACAACACCCUCCAAUGGUGAGGCUUUGAGGUCUGAGGUUAGUGCUGGGAUUACUAUCGAUGAAAAUGUGGAGAUUGAUAAGCCGGCUUCAACAUCAUCUGCUCAGAAUUCUCAAGAUAGGGAUCUUGCAGCAGUUCCUCCAAAAGUUGAAUCUGACAAUGAUGAAGAUAUGGAUGUGGAAAUGGAAGUUGAUGAAGAUAAUGUUGAAGAGCAGGCACAUUGCAGUCCUGUACCUAAAAAGGAGCAUCCUCCAUCAGAACAGUUGAAUUCAUCUAAUUUGUCAUCAUUUGAAGAUCCUACAUCUCCUGAGGAUAGUUCUUUCCCUCCGCCUCCACCAGAAGAUGAAUGGAUUCCACCUCCACCACCUGAAAAUGAACCAGUUCCUGAAGCUCCCCCAGAAGAGCCAGCUGCAUCAUAUGUUCAGGUGGAUACAAUUCCUCAGCCAUAUAUAGCUCAAGCAAAUGUUGGCUAUACAAUUUCAGGAAUGGAGUACUAUGGUACUGUCGGUACAGAAGGUACAAAUGCCAAUUACUAUAUGCAACUGAGUGAGCCUUAUGUCCUUCAAGCACAGCAGCAUUCUUAUUAUGCACCAAUAUCUAGGAGUGGUAUAUCUGUUUCUGUUGAUGGCACAUCUAUUGCCCCAGAAUCUUAUUAUACCUAUCCUUCAGUCACUAUGGCUGCCAGCACAGUAGCAGCUGAACAUUCUGGAUACUACGCUUCAUCAAUCUCUGCCAUUUCUAGCAGUGCAGCAGAUAUCAAAACAAGCUCAGCUUCUCUUGUUUCUGCAAAUAGCAAUUCAGAUCUCAAUGGUCUUGAUAAACUUAUAUCCAAUGAUGCAAGUAUUAUGCCUUUGACCCAACCUGUACUAGCAACAUCAGCUGCUGGAACAACAUCUGUUCUUGGAAGUUCUACACAGUCUUCUAGCAGUACUACAAAUCAGACCAGAGUUAUUCGUAGCAAGAAGCGGGCUGUUGGUAUUACAUCGUCUAUGAGGUCUAAUAAGAAGGUUUCAAGUUUGGUGGAUAAGUGGAAAGCUGCAAAAGAGGAACUUCGUGGUGAAGAGGAAGAGGAGCCUGAAAGUGCUCUGGAGGCAUUAGAAAGGAAGCGACAAAAGGAAAUAGAGGAAUGGCGGAAACAACAGAUCACUAGCGGAGAGGCACAGGAAAAUGCCAAUUUUGUUCCUGUUCGUGGUGAUUGGCGUGACCGUGUAAAACGUAGAAGGGCUGAAGCAAAAAAGGAAUCAAAAGAUGACACUGUUGCUGCAUCUCUAAGUAGUUCCGAACAGCAUAAAGGACCCCCAGAUCUAGCAGAGCUCUCCAAGGGUCUUCCUACUAGUUGGCAGGCAUACUUGGAUGAGUCUACUAAGCAGGUCUAUUAUGGGAACACCCUCACGUCAGAGACGUCCUGGGAGCGGCCAACAAAAUGAAGAUCUACAACCUUGGUGUGCGGUCAACCGAACGAUAGGACUAAUUUGACCAUGUAGAUGGUGCUGUUCAAUGGUCAGCUCAAUUUUGUUGUAGAUAUCUCCUUGUCGAGUCCUCUAAAUGAACGAACAGAAGUGCCAAGCAUGUUUAGAGAAUGAAUAUGGAAAGUACAAAAGUUAAAAUCUAUGAUUUAGCCAUUUUCUAAAA